CACAGUUUGACCUCAAUUGGAUACAGUUCAUUGCGCAAGAGACAGACAAGCCUUACAACAGCAAAAAUGGUGAAAUACUUCUCUGUGGACUGGCUCAUCCAGAGUGACACCUCAACCAACCAGGAAUCCAAGGACAUCUCUUCUGCUCAUUUCCGACCGCACGUCCCUUGUGUGGUGCAGCCACGCCAGCCAUCGUCGUUUGACAAAUCUUACCUUCAACCAAAGCCAAAAGUAAAGAAAAGUCUGGAUUUCAACGAGAAACACACGGAACUGGAGCCGAUCGUGACUCCAGCUUGUGGCCCAGCAGUCUGCUCCUCACCAAUUUCAGAAAUCAGUGGCUAUUCGUCUGGCUACGAAAGCGAAGCGGCCUCCUCUGAAUGCCCUUCCGUGGAUGGUGGGUUUGAAGCGGAGGGAGAAAGUGCUCAGCGCCGCGUCCGAACCAAGUUCACUCCAGAACAAAUCCAGAAACUUGAGAAAAUCUUCAGCAAACACAAAUAUCUGGAUGCUGGGGAGAGAGCCAAAACUGCCCUGAAGCUAAACCUCUCUGAAACUCAGGUGAGAACGUGGUUCCAGAACCGGAGAAUGAAGGUGAAACGUGAGGUCCAGGAUUUGCGCGCCGAGUACUUGAACCCAGCAAUGCCCACCAUGAUGUACCCGGCAGUUCCGUCCGUUCAGUACCACAGCUUCGGAGGACAGCAGAUCCCCUUUCCCCCCGCAGCCAACAUGCUCUAUUCGCCCAUGGGUCAACAAUUACCGGUCCAGCAGUUGAUCGCGCAUCAGACUGUCCACCCAGCGAUGUCUGCAGCUUAUUACUACUAAUUGGCUAUAUAAAAAAGGACACU